AUGACACAAGUGGUGGCCGUGGCCGGCGAGCCGGUGUAUCUGCCGUGCGACAUCGCGACACAGGACGACGAUGACGCCGUGUUACUCGUGCUGUGGUACCGGGAGGACCUGGGCACGCCUAUUUAUAGUGUCGACGCUCGGGAGCGAGACUUCGGAGUCGCAGAGCGCUGGUCAGACGAGAGCGUCUUCGCAUCACGAGCAUACUUCCUCCCGGAGAGAAGACCAGCAGAACUCGGGGUAGACCGGGUGAAGGCUUCCGACCAAGGAGUCUAUCGGUGUAGGGUGGACUUCAAGCAAGCGCAGACGAGGAAUUCAAGAGUCAAUUUAACUGUUAUUGUGCCACCAAAUAAGAUGGUGAUCACAGACGACAAGGGCGACGUUAAGCAAGCCAUUGUCGGCCCUUACAUCGAAGGGGACACCUUCACGUUGAAAUGUGAUGUCAGCGGAGGUCGUCCCAGACCAUGGGUGAAAUGGUUUCGGGACGAGGUAGAAACAGACACGCCAGCCACACCCCUCUCCUCCAACGGGGUCCGAGGGGUGCUCCAUGUGGGACCACUAACCAGAGCUGAUGUUAGGGCAGCCUUCACCUGUAGGGCUUCUAACCAUCCGCGAGCUCAUCCUAUUGAGACUACGCUCACCUUGGAUAUGAAUUUUCCACCACUAACAGUCCAUAUCCUGGGAUCAAACCAGCCACUGUCAGCCAGCAGAAGAUACGACCUACUCUGCCAGAGCUCAGGGUCGAGACCACCGGCUUCCAUCACCUGGUGGAAGAACGGACAUAGGAUAAACAAUGCUAAGGAAACGCUAUCAACAGACGGCAACACGACGACAUCAACAGUCUCCCUUCAGCUCACGAAGUCUGAUGCUGGAGCCAAGCUGGCUUGCAGAGCGUCCAACCCUCAGAUGUCUUUAGUACCCGCUUUAGAAGAUGAUUGGACCUUGGAUAUUCAGUAUGUCCCAGAAACAACAGUGCGAUUAGGAACGAACCUGGACCCCUCAAACAUCAGAGAAGGCACCGAUGUGUACUUCGACUGCAUCAUCAGAGCGCAUCCUUAUGUCUAUAAAGUUGAAUGGAGACAUAAUGGUAAAACUCUCCUCCACAACGUCGGACAAGGCGUGAUCAUCAGCAAUCAGUCGCUAGUACUGCAGGGUGUGGGCAGACGGACGGCUGGUAACUACACCUGUGUGGGCUUCAAUGCUGAAGGCGAUGGAGAAAGCAAACCUUUCUCGUUGAAUGUUUUGUAUGCACCAACUUGCCGGAGUUCCCAGCAGCGAGUGCACGGAGUCGCCAAACAGGAACGUGCGCACAUCACCUGUCAUGUCGACGCUAAUCCACCUGAAGUUGUGUUUCGAUGGACAUUCAACAACACAGCGAACAGUAACGAAGUGAGCGAUACGUACGUGUCCCGGGCGGGAACGAGUUCUACGGUCACCUACACUCCACAUACAGAGAUGGAUUACGGCACAUUGCUGUGUUGGGCCCAUAAUAGGAUCGGGAAGCAGAGGGUGCCUUGUGUUUAUCAUAUUAUUGCUGCAGGCCGUCCCGACCAAGUCCACAACUGCACAGUGGUGAAUGCGUCAUUAACAUCGUUUGGGGUUCGAUGUUCCGAAGGUUUCAACGGUGGCAUGCCACAAUCUUUCCUUUUAGAAGUGCGGGAGAUUGUCACGCAGGAGAUCGUAGCGAACGUAUCAAGCGCAGUACCCCGCUUCACCGCAGUAGGUUUAGCCCCGGGACGAACAUAUGCCGCCGCAGUCCUAGCUUACAACGCUAAGGGAAGAGGAGACCCUUACCCUUUGAGAGCCAGCACGCUGAGACCGCCUGAAAAACAUCAUGUACAUGAUAAGAGUUUAGAUUUACCAAGAACAGCCUUCCAAAUGUCGGGAGCCAUGUCAGUAGCCGUCGGUGGAGGCAUAAUCCUCAUGGUAGUCCUAAUCCUCUUCAUGGUGGCCAUGAAACAGCGCUGUGCCAAGAGGAAGCCCAGGUCUGCCCCCCCUCCGUCGUCACAGCCUGCCAGUCCUGAUAAGUUGAGGGAAAAGGAAGACAGUGAGAGUGAUGAUAGGAACCCUGAUAUUAUACCGUCGGAUACUGAUCAGAUGCAGAUGGAUUACUACCGGCAGCAGCAGGUGUCGACGAUAUCGCCGCCGCUAGGGUCGCGGAACCCGCGCGGCUCCGUGGCGGGGGUGCGCGGCGGGCUGCCCGCCUACUGCGCGCUGCGCACCGCGCCGCCGCCCGCGAUGCCCAACAUGCACGAUACACAGAACCCGUCGUCAGGCAUUCCGCCGCCCGCGCGGUUCGCGUCAGGGUCGUGCACGUUACCGCGCGGGUCCGGCGCGGGGGCCCCGGGGGGCAUCCCGCUGCAGCACCUGCGCACGCUCCCGCGGCCCACGGGCCCCGCGGGGCCCGCGCCGGGGCCCGUGCAGCCCUCCGCGGCCCCGCGCCUGCCCCCCCGCGACACUCCGCUCUGA